CACAAUUACACAUUCAUGCUGGGCCAGAACUACCACGGAUUUAGGAUUAAGCGCCUUGCUGCAGGGCACCACAGUGGUGUUGAUGAGGGUGGGACCGGUCUGUGCCAUGCAGGUUUAAUCCUGCUGGUCUCUGGCUACCGCUGCCCCUUUUGCCCUGUAUUACUGUGUGCUGUAAACUCCUCUCUGCAUCAUUAAAACUCCCAACACAGUAAUGAGGACACGACCCAAGUGUAGGAACAACAGUGUGAUUUCAGCGCAGUCCAGGGGGCUGGAUCGUGUUUUUUCCUUCUUGGAGUUGGAGCUUUGCGCCAACCACAGCAGCAGGAGAUUGAAUGAAGUGUCUUUGCAGGGUGCGCGCCGCACGGAGGAUUCCGUGCUUACCUGUUCAAGAUGUCAGAGAUGUACAGCCAGGACGCGUCAUUAUUUUUUGAGCUCUUGAGAGGGCGGAUUUGAGGCUCGCCACAUUUCUGUGGUUGCUGUUUAAAAAACAGCUGCAGGGCCUCGAGAAACCAAUCUCCGCCUUGAUGGUAUCGGGACGGCAACGCGCUGCUCAAGCGACUGGUGGCUCUCUGCGCGGAUGAUAAAGAACUUGAGAAAGGAAAUGGUCAAGAUGGCAGCUGUGUACGGAACGAUUAAGCUGAUGCGGUGGCAUUAGAUGCAGUAAUUCUCAUUUUGCUUUGGCAUGCACGUCGCGGGGUCGUGGUGCAGGACGCGGGCGCUUGUAAAGGAACGCCGUGUGGAUCCCUUUAAGACUGCUGGUUCUUCCUAUGUUUAACUCACAUUUCGAGAAACUGCAAUGUAUGUAUGUAUGUAUGGGUGUGGACUGUGCACGAGAAAGGGCAAUGUUUUGUUAAUGCUGGUCAGACCGAUCGGCUCUCGGCGCUGUGGAUAGACGCCUCGCUGGAGGACCUAUAGAAAGACACGUGCUGGGACUGGGCUGUAGGCUGGACAUUUGCAUAUCGUGCAUAGUAAAUAAACUUCACGAAGCCUGCACACAACAUUGAUGGAAUGCGCCCUGAGUGAUUUUAUUACCCUUUGUGCCGAGAUAUCGCGAUUAACAUGGCUGAGGCGCAGCACAACGGCAACGAGCCUCCUUUAAACGUUGAGAUUGAUCCGGAUUUCGAGCCCCAGAAACGGCCACGGUCUUGCACUUGGCCCCUGCCCCGUCCGGAGUGUGGUGCGGGCAAGCCUGGGACAAAUGACACUGACGUAAUCCCCGAAGAAGAGGAUGAUGAAGGUGGCAACGCUGGGAGCGGCGCUGCUGAGGCAUCCAGCGGUGGUGCCAUCAGACCCCGGGAACCGAGCAGCAACAGCUCUAUCUCGCAGCCUGUGGAGGUCCAGCUCGGCCCUUGCAAAGAGGAGGGCGCCGACGGCUCGCCUUCCUCCGCGCAAACCCCCGCCGCGGCUCUGGGCGGCUCUGCCUCCCAGCAGCUGAGGAAGUCCUCCGCUCGCAGGAACGCCUGGGGCAACUACUCCUAUGCUGACCUCAUUACCCAAGCCAUAGAGAGCUCCCCCGAGAAAAGACUGACCUUGUCCCAAAUCUAUGACUGGAUGGUGAGGUCUGUGCCGUAUUUCAAGGACAAAGGCGACAGCAAUAGCUCCGCAGGCUGGAAGAAUUCUAUCCGACACAACCUGUCUCUCCACAGUCGUUUUGUGAAAGUCCAGAAUGAGGGAACAGGGAAAAGCUCCUGGUGGAUGGUCAACCCUGAAGGUGGGAAAGGAGGCAAAGCUCCCAGACGACGGGCUGUAUCAAUGGAUAACAGUAAGUACAUCAAAGGAGCUCGAGGACGUGCCACCAAGAAGAAGGCCGCACUGCAGGCCGCUCAAGAUGGCAGCUCUGAGAGCUCCUCCAGCCUUUCCAAGUGGACGGGAAGCCCCACCUCUCGCAGCAGCGAUGAGCUGGAUGCCUGGACAGACUUCCGAUCCCGAACCAAUUCCAAUGCCAGCACACUCAGCGGUCGUCUGUCCCCAAUCCUGGCCAACCUGGAGCUGGAUGAGGUGCCUGAUGAUGACUCGCCCCUCUCCCCGAUGCUGUACUCCAGCCCUAGCAGCAUGUCUCCAUCCACAGGGCCCACAGGGCUCUCUGACCUGGCAGGUACCAUGAACCUCAACGACGGGCUCUCUGACAACCUGAUGGACGACCUUUUAGACAAUAUCAGCUUGACAGCAUCCCAGCAGCCUCCUCCUGGAGAGGAAGAAAAUGGAGUCAACAGCCAUGGGAGCUCAGUGUUUACCUUUAGCUGCUCAAGUAGCCCCUCUGGCAGCUAUGGGCCAAACCCACUGUUCAGCCCAUCGUCCAUCACAAGCCUGCGGCAGUCGCCUAUGCAGACCAUCCAGGAAAACAAACAGACCACCUUCUCCUGUAUCUCACACUUCAGUGAUCACCAGACCCUGCAGGAUAUGCUCAGCCUGGACUCCCACAGCCACAGCAAUGUCAUGCUCACUCAGUCCGACCCACUGAUGUCGCAGGCCAGCACUGCCAUCGCCCUGCAGAACUCUCGCCGAAAUGCCAUGCUGCUGCGCAAAGACCACAUAUUGGUGAACCACACCAGUGCUGGUCCAGCCCAAAGCUCUUCAAUACCUGGUUGGCAAGCAGGCUUGUCAACCUCUGUCAACAAUGCUGGUCACCCUGACGCCAAGCAGCCACACCUGAAGUCUCCCAGAAAGAAUGUCUCUAUGCAGCUUGGCUCUGGUUUGUCCGGCCAGGACCGCUUUACCGCCGAUUUGGACCUUGAUGUGUUCAAUGGCAGCCUGGAGUGUGACAUGGACUCCAUCAUUUGCAAUGAACUGAUGGACGCAGAUUGCCUGGACCUCAGCUUCGACUCCCGACUUACAUCCGCCCAGAACGCCAACAGGAAUUCAGGAAGUUUCUCGAGCUCGAAACAGACCUCCCCUCAGACCUGGGUCCCAAGCUGAGAAGCUCAGUCAGAACUCAGCAUGAGUAAAAAAAAAAAAAUAAAAAAAAAAAUGUGGGGAAAAUAUAAAUUGGGGUUCAUUGUCAUGGAUUGUGCAACUAGAGGAAAGCAAGUAUGUAAAAGUGUAUUCAUGUAAUUUUUCCAUUAUUUUUAAUGUGAGGCAUUAAGUUCAGUACUGUAUUUCAAGUGUCUGAAAAACACAAACUGGUGUCUUUACAUUGAAUUAAAUUUAAAAAUGCCUGGGCGGUGUGAACAACAGCACUGAAUGGAAGUACAGGCCAUUUUGUUAAAAUUAUAUGAAAAACAUCAACUCAUGUUAGUCUCAGGGAAUCACUUAUUUCACAAAGCGAUACAUGAAACUGAAGAAGAAUUAUGCUUUUGUCCUGCGCGCCCUCCCCUCUCACACCGUUUCAUAUCCAAACUAACAUGUUUGCCAAACCAGCUGUCAGCCUGUUGGUGGGUGACAGCCUGUUUACAGAAAAAAGCUGCAGAGAAUGUUACAAAAUUAUGUUCCAGUAGAGGAUGCGUGGCAAGCUUUUUUUUUUUUUAAAGUUUCUUUGAGAGACUUGCCUAAAUGGACUAAAAAUUUCAAAAGAAGUGUUGAUGAAAAGCUUUUUUCCCCCCAUUGAUGCACCGAGUCACGCACCAAAUAUCAAUGUGCUAACAUGCGAACUGAUCUUCAUUGUGUGGUUUUUGUAUGUAAUGUUUUAUUUAGAAAAUUUUACCCUGUGAUUUUAGUGACAUUACUGUGAAUUAUGUCCUUUCUUAGGAGGUGCAUUACUGAAUUCUUAAUAAUAUGUAUUUUCUGCUGCAGAUCCAUUUCCACCAUCUUCCCCAUUCUUUCUCUUCCACUUACUGCAAUAUUGGAAGUACUACUCAGCAUAGAGAGUUUAGGACAGAAUUAAGGUCAUGAUUUAGUGCUAGUUGACAUCAUUACAUUAGCAGACACAGGGGACUACAGACGGGUGACAUGUUAAAGAAAAAAACCUGAUGGAAUGGUCUCUUCAAUGAUGACGGUGCCUCCAUCCACAGGGCACAGGAACUUAAUGAAUGGUUUGGGAUUUUGGCCCAAGUGUCAGAUAGCAUCUCUACCACCACUGUCAAAACACCACAUGAGGGGAUAUCUUCUGGAAGAAUGGUGUUCAUCCAUCCAAUGGAGUUCAGAGACUUGGA